AUGACCAGUGCUUGCUGCCGCUCUGCCAUUGGCUCCAGAGUGGGUGCCUUGGCAAGCCCUGGCCUCACCCUCCUCCUGUCCCUCACUGCUCACUGCUCUAGUUCCCGGGCUGAGGGUGUCAUCCAGGGAGGGCUGGAUGUUGGCAAGGUCGACCCAUGGGCCAGGGCCAAUGCUGCUCUCCUGCAAGAUUUCUGGUGCUAUCCAGCUGGCCAGCUGCCUCGGGAGCAGCUCUCUGCCCUGCUCAGGAGCCUAGCAUCUCAGCAUGUCCCACUCCAAGCCUGGCAGCUCAGCUGCUUGGCCAACCUUGCCUCCCGGCUCAGUCUGCAGGAUGACUUUGCACUCCACCCACCAGACCUCCUGCUUUUCUACAACCUGAGCCAGGUGAGGGAAGCCGACUGCCGGGCCUUCACCCGUCGCGCAGCCCAAGGGAACACAGAGCUGUUGGCCAACCUACCUGAUCAGAGGGUUGCCCUGUGGCAUACAGCCUUAGCCUGCCUGGGGGGACCCCACCUGCAGCUCAGUGCCUCAGACCUGGGGCUCCUUGGGGUCCUGGUGUGUGACAUGGAUGCAUCCAGCAUUGUGACUGCAGACCCCCAUGUGCUGCAGAACCUGUUUCGCUGCUCCCGGCUGAGCACCUCCCAGCAGACUGCCCUCAACACCCUCCUGGCCAGUGGGAGGACCCAGCUUGGGACUCCCAGCUCCUGGAAUGUGGAGGGGCUGCAGGCCCUGGGGCCCCUGGCAACCUACAUCAGCCCCCACCUGUGGGAACAGGUGCAGGAGGCUGUGGGCCUAGACUUCUUUCGCAGAGUGGUGGCCGCCUUCCGGGUAGGACACUUCAGUCAGUCUGAUGCCCAGCGCUUUGUCACCAGCUUCUUGGAGUCGAAGACCAGCUCAGUGUCCUCAAGGCCCAAGCGGGGCACAGGGAGAUCCUGCAUUCGUGGCAAUAUCACAGCGGCCACACUCCAGGAUGACCUCUUCCUGGUGCACUACGAUUGUGCCCAGCUAGAGUCCUGUCUGGGCAACGGAGUGCUUAGAGCCAACCUGGACCCCCUACUGCAACACCCACUGCCUGCUGAGUGCCAGCGUGUUGUCAAAGCCAAGCUCACUCAGAUUUACCCAUAUGGCGUGCCUGAGGACCAGCUGCACCUCAUCACCUCACUGGUCUACCUCUACUCCUGUGCUGAGAUAGGCCAAUGGAACAUCACAUCUGGGGGCACUGUGGUGGCCCUGCUAGCUUCAGACGUGGCCCUGGAGAACCAGACAGAGGCAGUCCUUCAGAGGUUCCUGGACCACAAUGGCAUGGUCACUGGUGCCCUACUGUUGGCUAUUGGGGGUUCCCGCCUCUGCUGGAUGAGCCCCAGGCAGAUCCACACCAUCCAGCCCUCAGAGUUCCGGCUGGCUGGGGCCCCGGACCUCUCCUCUUGCCCUCAGAGCCGGAAGAAUGUGCUCUUCGCCAAGGCCCGUGAGGCCUUCAGCAACACCAGUACCACAGCUGACUACUACCGCCUCAUGCGCCCUUACCUUGGUGGUGCCCCCAUGGAGGAGCUGCAACACCUGGCCCAGGCCAACAUCUCCAUGGACAUUGACACCUUCACCAACCUCAAUCCCCAUGUGCUGCAGUGUCUGAGUGUUGGCAGUGUGACCACGCUGCUGGGCGAGAAUGUAGGGGACUUGCAGAAGGCCCGCAGUCAUCCGACCGUCAGCUCCUGGCUGCGCAGCCUCAACAGAUCAGCCCUGGGUGAGCUGGGCCUGGACACCAACUUGGCCAGUGCGAGCCCUGACCAAAGGUCCAGCAGACUCCCCAGCACUACCUGCCCAGUGUCGCAUCUGGCCACCCCCUCCAGACUUCCAGGGAUCAUCAAUGCAGCCCCCACCUCAGGCAGUCCACCACUCAACCUGGCAUACCUGACCCUCGCAGUGGCAUUGCCCUCCAGCCUUUUGUGGCUACUAUUUCUUGGGCACCUCAGGCCCAAUGCAGCAUGA